AUGGCUUUCCAGACAAAUGUCUUUAGGGACGGCGAAUGGGUCACGGAAACCGUCGAUCUCAGUGCUGCUCUCAAAGCCUCAGCAUCUGCCGCUAAAGAGCCCGACGAAACCAUCUCGCACCGUCCGCCAUGCGGUAUUCUCUCCUCGACUGUCGUGGAAAGCCCCAUGGUGAACAAGAUCCUGCAUGUCCAUAUCAGGUCUAGAAACCACAACGAUAUCGCCUUCAUUGGAAGUAACGUAGUGACGAUCCGAGAGCUACGGGAUAAUGGCCAGACGCAUGAGAUCUUCAAGUACAAGUCAUAUGGCUCGCGGAUACGGAACGCCAUCGUUCUGGGUGACUCCCCAGAUGACACUGACAGCAGUGCAGCCGACGGACAAAGCCAGCUCGCAGAAAUCGACUCUCUAUGCCAAGACCCUUUGCCCAGCAGUCAUCAUAACGCGUCUCGCAUACUUCCCCCACAACUUCUAGUCCUGGUUUUGGAGAAUGGCCAGAUAGAAUUCCUCUUUACAACCGAAGCAAGCGCUAGAAUGAAGCUAUAUACCAGCUCUUACGCACCUCCGGGCAACAUUCCGUACCACGCCCAUCAUCUCGCUGUUGAUCCAUCCUUCCGCUACAUGGCAGCCGCUCCCUUCGAAAAUUUGCUGGUGGUCUACGAAAUGGAGACUCUGGACGAUCUAGACCAGAGAUUCAGAGACACGGGGAAAUUUCCGAAGCCUUUCAAGUUAGCAAGCAUUCGGCCGCUGCGCGGCACCAUCCAUGAUGUCCAGUUUCUUUAUCCAAGGCUGCAGGAUGAUUAUCACAUCAUCAUCAUGGUUAUUAUGAGUUCCAGAAACCAGACUCCAGAGAAGACACUACGCCGGAAAUACAUCACUUGGGAUUGGGAGGCAGGAGAGGACCUUCGAGCUAUCCUGACCGGGCCUGGUCAUCGCCAAAGCCUGUCUAAACUGGAUGGCGUACCUCUUUUUUCAAUCCCAUUAAAGUCACGGAAUGCUUUCUUUAUCGUUUAUGAAGACCAUAUGGCCAUAGUAAGGCAGUCCCUGUCAUCUGGAGAGUACGAUUCCAACAGGGUCCUGGAAAUGCCGGGCCCUUCAGAGCUUCAUCACGGAGCCAGACCGCCGUUAUGGGUCUCUUGGGCUAGGCCUUUUCGCCGCAAGGACUACUCCGAAAAGACUGACAUCAUAUACCUCGCCCGAGAGGAUGGUCUCGUUGUCCAUAUUGAGAUUGAUUCAGAGACACUUUUGUAUUCCGGAAUGCAGCUUGGUUACUUAGGAACAAACAUUGGAACAGCAUUCACAACUGCAUACGACAAAUUCUCUGACCUUCUGGUCGUCGGUGGAGAGUCGAGCUCCGGUGGCAUAUGGAAGCUGGCUGCCCGUAGCGAACUGGAACAGAUCAGCGCAUUUUCCAACUGGUCUCCCGCUACCGAUAUGGCAAUGACAAAUAGCAACAGACCGAAGGUAUCCGGAUUCGCCCAUGGCCUUGAUCUUAGGGAGCAGUACAAGCCCGAGCGAGUUUUUCUUGCUUCCGGGCGAGGAGCGACAGGUUGCCUAACAGAGCUUCGAUUUGGCCUAAAAGCGAGGAUAGGCAUAGACCUGGACAUUGGCGAAAUCGUCAGGCAGGUCUGGCUCUUUUCGGACGAGAGCAGCAACGACGGUGCUAUGCAUGCAAUAUUGGCAUUGCCGCACUCCACAACCGUUCUCCGAUUUGAGAGUGGGUUCGCCGACGUCAGAGCCGAGUCAGAAGAGACGAGUCACUUCGAUACAACAUUCCGUACUCUGCACGCCAUCCGUACGGCUUCCGGUUCCAUUGUCCAGGUCUCAGAGGGGUUGAUCACUCUGGUGACGGAGUCUCGGUUCCUAAAACGGGCCAUAGGAGACAUCAUAAGAGUACCAGGUGCUAUCGCGGAGCAAGCUCACUGUCUAGACGACGAAAUAGUCGUCUAUGUUCAGGGUCCUGAUGAGGCGCAUCUUUAUCUCCUGUCCAUUAACCAGAUGGAUGUUUCAUUGAGGAACUCCUGGGCCGUGCCGGGAGAGGUUGGCUGCCUGUCCCAGUUUCACCUCGGCGGGAGAAAGUUCGUCAUCAUAGGCUCGGUGACGAAGGAAGGACCUAUGCCUUCUAUAUACGACCUAAACGGGGAGUUGAUUGUGCGCGGUCCGGUCGUGCCUCGACAACAUUGGGAGGCAGCCGGUACCCUGGACCCGUUCAGUAGUAUAUGCGUCGUGCGUGAGACUGAACGCGGCGUGGACAUUAUUGCGGGGACCCGCUUUGGAAAGCUUCUAACCAUCAAGAUACUGCAAAGCACGCACACCGUUUCUAUUAGUGCGGAGAGGAUGGGCUCAGCAUCUGUUGGCGUUUUCCAGGCUCCCGGGUUGCCGGGAGAUGGAGCGUCGGCGUUUGUCACUUGUGACAACACGCUUUUCCGACUCUCUGAGCUUGCAGACAGGCGGAAUGUAUACAUGCGAAAAGACGUUGUGUGGGCCACGGACGCGAGUGACAUGGCGCUACCGUCGCCUCCAAUUCACUCUGUGUUUGCCAUAAAGUCAAGCACAGCGGACGCCAGAAGUCAGUCACUGGUCCUCCUGCUCAGUGCAUCGAGUUUAUAUGUAGCCGACAUCGAGCCUCGUUCCGGCCCUGUGCCCAGGAUCAUUGCGCCGGGAUGGAAGGGCACACCGACAAGAAUUCUGUACUCGAACGUCUGGAACUGUCUGGUGGUCGGUCUCCAGGUCGAAGACGGCAUAGAGCUGGCCCUGGUUGACCCUGACACGGGUCGCUCGAUCUCGAAGCCUCUCGAUAAGGAUAAAAUGGAGGGCCAGCUAAGUUCGUUUGGCACAAGCGGAGACAGGAUUCUUGGCCUGCACGAGUGGAUGUACGUCAAGGAUGGCCAGACUUUCCCCUUUAUCGUGGUCACGACACAAUCGGGUAAACUCCUGGUAGUGUCAGUGGCUACGAUGAGGCAUCCAGAGACGGAGCCGCCAUACAGACGUUUGGAACACUGGACCAGGUACCGUAAAAAGAAUUACGAUGAACCAGUGUACUCCGUGGUGGCCGACGAUCAAGGUCUCCUGUACGCUGCCGGGCGGACCGUCUUUUGGGACAUACUCGAUCUGGACGAGAAGAAGAUGAAGCCAGUCAAACAAUACCUUCUUGAGUCACCUGCAAUUUCUCUGGAGAUUGUCGACGGAAAGCUCCGUGUGUUAACAACGAUGCAUUCGGUCGAGGUGAUAGACUACAAGGGCAACAUGGGCAACCUGGAGAUGACGCAUAUUUGCUCGGACCGGUCAUCCAGGGCAGCCACGCACAUGAUUAGCAUGGAGCAGUCGACGGACAAGGGCCUCUGGCCCGUGACUUUGCUGUCCGACAUUGCAGGUGGCAUUGCCGGGCUGUGGGCCCCUCCAAGCGAGACGAAUGCACAAGAAAUGGUGACAGUGUUCGAGGGAAGAAUUGGGAACCCUGUCAGAAAGUUUGCCCGGGGACACUGUCGGCCAUCGUGGCAGAUUGAAGGACAGGACCACCGCCGCUUCGGAUGCCUGGGGAGUACCCUAGACGGGGCAGAGGUGUUGGGGAUCUCUCUCGAUGGAACGCUACGCCACUUCAGUCUACUCACCAUCGAGUUGUGGCGCUACCUGGCUCUCGUGCAGAUGCUGGCCCAAGGGAGAGGUGGCUCUACAGCAGGGCGAGGAUGGAAUAGCCAUGACGGCGAUGAGGAGCCACUCGAACCCGAGGUGGACGUGAGGAACAUGCAUAUCCAAGGCGACCUUCUCAACCAUAUCGUGGAGAAUCGGCUUUUGGAGAGGCUGGUAGCGCAGGGAAACUGCCUGGCUUUAUUCUGCCGCUUUCUGGACGGAUUGGAGGGAGGCACGCACACGAGCCGUUUCCGGCAGGGCGGGGAUGACGGGGGGAUGGUGAACGAGGAGCUGCGUUCGAUGUACUUUGACCUGGGGUACGAUGUGUUGAAUUAUGUGCUGAUUCCAGCUCUUUAG